AUGAGUGUUUUGUCGUAAUGUAUGGACACAUGUGUUGUAUAACAACACUGUUAUUGAAAGCAAAAGUUGUUGAGUCCAAGAGUUAGCCAAACCUUAAUCGAUGUCAGCGAUGGUCAACAUUGAAGAGGACGGCAAUGAUGUGAUCCUCGCGACCGGCGGUUACGACCACACCAUCCGCUUCUGGUCCGCGCAUAACGGCGUCUGUCAGCGCAUUGUUCAGCACUCAGACAGUGUGAAUGCGUUGGAGAUAACGCCGAACCGACACAUGCUGUCGGCGGCCGGCUUUCAGCACAUCCGCAUGUAUGACAUCGUGUCUUCAAACCCGAACCCAGUCGUCAACUAUGAGGGCGUCUCCAAGAAUAUCACUUCUUUGGGUUUCCAAAGCGAUGGCAAAUGGAUGUACAGCGGAGGCGAAGACGGAUCCAUU